UGGUGUGGAAGCAGCGGUGGAGCGCACACACACACACACACAGUCGGGAACUAAGCUAAACUAUGAGAGACUCGCAUCCUUUAUUUUAAGAAAGAUGGAACAAUGACGUCGAAUACGGAGCGACCUGGAAACGCAGAGUAGAACGCACGCCGGUGACGACGAGGAACUGGUGCGUCUUUGGCUCCGGAGGCACCAAACUUCAGUAAGGAGCUGAUCAAUUUAGAUAUAUAAAAAGAAGCACCUUCUCUGCAAGACUGAGCAUUUCCCCACUGACUGUUUCCUCUCGUGCAAAUCUUUGAUUACAUUGUGCUCUGAAGUGUGGGAAACGUGCGUGUUGCGCUCAUCACCCCCUUUAACCGUGCAAAUGCUGGGAUGGCUCGUGGCUCUGUGCAUUGUGGUCCUGGUGGUCCUGAUAUGGCCGGGCUCCAAAUAUUUUGGCACCGAGAGCCCCCCGGAUGAUCUGCUCCAAGGACUGGGGGUUCCACUGCAGGAGGCGAGGGACAAGACCGGGAGGUGCGUCUCGGAGCGGGAGGAGAGGGACGGCGCCCGGGCCGAUGAGAACGCGCGCACCGUGGCACUGGUCUGCAAACCGUCCGCGCUGGCCAACUACCUCUUGAAACACUGCAGGACUUUCAGCCAUUACUCGCCGUGCGUCGGCUGGACGUGGCGGGCCAGCGCCUUCCUCCAGAGCGCGUACGAGGCGUGCUGGCCCUACGACUGUCCGGUCCAGUUCGUGCGGGACAACCUGCAGCUGAGCGAUGACGGGCUGGUGGCCCUGGACUGGGCUGUGCCAUCCUACCAGAAGCGACGCAGAACUUCCAGCCACUCCACCAGUCCGAUUCUCCUCAUCAUCCCGAACUCCUUUGGGAAAAUCACUAGAAACGUGUUGAAGUUGUGUGAAGCGGCACUGUCCCACGGCUACCUGCCUGCCAUCUUCAACCGCCGCAGCCACAACAGCACCCCGCUCACCACCCUCAAGCUGCAGCAGUUUGGAGACCCGGCGGACCUGCGCGAGGCCGUGCGCUACAUUCGCCACAGGCAGCCGGCGGGGAGACUGUACGCAGUGAGCGAGAGCAGCGGGUCGGGCCUCCUCCUCUCGUACCUGGGGGAGUGCGGAUCGUCCAGUUAUCUGACGGCAGCCGUCUGCCUGUCGCCCAUGUUCCGCUGCCAGAGCUGGUUUGAGAACGGGCUGUGCUGGCCCCUGCAGUGGGCACUGGUGCUCUACCAGAAGAUUUCUCUCAGCAGGUACAGGACGGUGCUGGGAGAGACUAUACAGACAGACACCCUGUUUUCUAGCUGUUCCUUGCGGAGCCUGGAGGAGGCGAUGUUCUGUCAGACUGGACAUGCAGGCCCUGCACCAUCAGCAGCAGCAGCAGCUACAGGAAGCAGUGGUAGCACCAAUACAUCCGGUACCUGGGAGGUUUACUGGGAACAUAACGAGCCCUUGAGAGACGUGGACGAGGUGGCCAUUCCUGUUCUGAGCGUGUGCGCUCGGGAUGACCCGGUCCGCGGGGACACCCACACCACCAUACCCUUGGAGCUCUUUGAGACCAACCCACAUUUUUUUCUCCUCCUAACGGACCGUGGAGGUCACUGUGGUUUCUCCACCCAGUCUGAGGGGAGUGGUGCUGGUGCAUUAAGUGCAGCCGGCUCUCCAGCCGUGCCGAGCCGUGGGACCAGUUGGAGCCACAGAGCUCUGCUGGAAUUCUUCAGGGCGACCACAGACUUCUUUGCCGCUGAGGAGAGAGCAAAGCAGCUCGCCGCCAGGAGGAGGGGGCUGGGUGGGGGGGCAGGGGGCAGGCUUUUCCGGCACCGCAGCGUCAGUACAUGUAAAAAGGUGCCAGCGUGUUCCCAUAAUAUCCACGCCAUUUACAACUGGCAGAGGUCCUACACACGAUGAGGGAGCUUAAUGGAAGUUAAUGGAGUGCACUGAUGCACUGGGAUGUGACGGUGGGCCUGUGUGACACUCAGAGACAAAGUCUUAUGAUUACAAAACCAGAAAGUGGCAGCGAUUGUAAAGUGCUGAGGUGAUGGAGUACUUUAACCUGAGCCGUAAAACACUCGGACUUAGAAAGCAGACAGGCCACAAGUUGGCAUGCAGUUGUUAUGUUCAGCUGCUCUGCAGUUGAUACUAAACCCUCAAGAUGAGCGGCUGUAUAUUUUUCUAUGCACUGAUUCAGGUCUCCUCACUGCCAGCUGUUAGAAUGAAAAGAUUCAGUUUUAUUUCUACAGUUUUUGAUUCAUCAGUUCAUCUGCCUCACAUUUUACACAGUUUGCUACAUUUUCAGCCAUCUUUUGGAUAUGUGAAACCUGGAGACUCUGUGUUAUAUCUAACUGUUUAUGUUUGAAUUUCUGAAGGGAUAUUAUUCGGGAGAAAAGUCCUGUGCCUAGAAAGUAGAAGGGAAAAAAUCGCGUGAAGAUUUCAAAUAAAUUUGAGCAAAAUGUCAAAUGAGUCUGAAGGACUGUGUUAGUGUUAUUGUAAUGAAAACAUUAAAGAACGUUGACUGUGUUAAUCAUCACCAUGUUCUCUUCUUUAUUGGGAAAUGGCCGUGAUUCCCAGAAUAGAGAAACUUGUUGCAGCUUUUAGAGGAAAGUCUGUGUCAUGAGAUUAGGAUCUGUUAAUGAGAGUUUUGUGAGCUUUCCCAUCUCAUCACUUCAACUCUGUGCUCCGAGGUUUCUCUGGUUUUCUGUUCAGAUCUGAUGAUGGUGAAACCGCCGAAUGGCAGAUUUUCUUAUUUUUUGCAAUGUUAAAAUAGUUGGGGGGAAAUUUUCCAUCGUCCCACUGAUCCGGAUCCGCAUCAAAAUUGAUUGGGUUCUUUUCUGACCCAUACCACACCACGUUUCAUUGUAAUCUGUCCUGCAGCAUCAUUCUGCAGACUAACAGACAGACAAUCAAACACUUGGGUUAAAUGGCAUUUGUAUUUAUCUUGUUCUGGAUUACCAUUAUCUUUAUAAUCAAUGUUCAUGUUAAAAGCACUUUGCACUAAUGUUGUAAUCUGUUUUCUUCUCACACUCCUGCAUAGUCAACACUCACAUUCCCUCCCAAUUAUAGCAAAGGCCCCAGAGCCAUUCACCGCUGUGUGUGUCUGUGUGUGUGUGAAAGUCACUUCAGUGUUUGUCCACCCACUGUGCCUUAUACACUCAGACAGCUGGAGCACAGCAGUGUACACAAAGACAGACCCAGAAAAUGUGCUGGCAGACACACUCUCAACCCACAUCUUUGCCAUCACACACAAACGGAUCAGGACCCCACACAAUACAGACUUAAGACACACAACAGUAAUGAAGCUGUCACAUAGAUGGAGGAUAUUUUUAUCUCGUUAUCCACAGAAGCCUUCACUGUCCUGUGACACACACCCACUGACACAGAUACGUGACAAUUGCAUGUUAAUGACAUCGUUCGUAUUGUAGGCAGGGCCAUUAUGUAAGAG